AUGGCGAUUACCCGCGCGUUACUCUCUGUUUCCGAUAAGACCGGCUUGGUCGAAUUCGCCCAAGCCCUCCACGAAUCCUUCCAAGUAGAACUUCUCUCCACUGGCGGCACCGCCAAGACUCUGCGUGAUGCGGGCUUGCCUGUGAUCGAUGUGGCGGAUUACACGGGGGCGCCUGAGUUAUUCGAAGGUCGAGUCAAGACACUCCAUCCGAAAGUGCAUGGCGGGCUUCUACAUCGUCGUGAUAAUGAAGCUCACCUCAGUCAGGCAAAAAAGAACGAUAUCCCACCGAUCGAUCUCGUGGUGGUGAAUCUUUAUCCUUUCGAGCAAACUGUGGCGAAGGAGAAAGUGACCUUGGAAGAGGCGAUCGAAAAUAUCGAUAUCGGUGGGCCGUCGAUGCUGAGAAGCGCCUCCAAAAAUUAUCAAUCCGUGACGGUGGUCUCCGAUCCCAGUGACUAUGACCGAGUCCUAACCGAGAUCGAGGAGCAUGAUGGUGAUACCAGUUUGCGCCUGCGUGAAGAAUUAGCGAUCAAGGUUUUCCGUCGCACGGCAGGUUAUGAUAAAGCGAUCAGUGAUUUUCUGGGCAAGAGUGAUCAAGGCACGGCGGGUAGUUUUUCGCUAGACCUUCCGCUAGAGAGCGAGCUUCGUUAUGGAGACAACCCGCAUCAGCCUUCGCGACUUUAUGGAAAUUUCAGCGAGUGUUUUUCCCAGCUACAAGGCAAAGCCUUGAGCUACACAAAUAUUCUGGAUAUCGAAGCAGCGGCAGAUUUAAUCGCGGACUUCCGUCGCCCGACAGUGGCAAUCCUGAAGCACACCAAUCCCUGUGGCAUUGGGCAAGAUGAUGAAGAUUUACGCGUGGCGUGGCAGAAAGCCUUUGAGACAGAUCGCCAAGCACCCUUCGGUGGUGUGAUUGUGACCAAUCGUCCUUUAACGGAGGGAGUGGCGAGAAUUAUUUCUGAGAUUUUUACUGAUGUGAUCAUCGCGCCCGAUUUCGAGCCUGACGCACGCGCCAUUUUGCAAAAGAAAAAGAACCUACGCCUCAUGAAGCUGGAAUCGGCUUAUGAAAAAUACCGCAAAGAUCCUGUCAUUCGAUCUUCACCGGGCGGGGUGAUGGUGAUGGAAAAAGAUCAUACCGUGAUGGGCUUAGAGGAUCUGGAAUCGAAGGUGGUCACCAAGCGACCUCCAACCGAGCAGGAAAUGAUGGCUAUGCGCUUUGGGUGGCGCGUGGUGAAGCAUGUGAAAUCGAAUGCCAUUGUUUUUGCUUCGACUGAUCGCACCCUUGGUAUUGGAGCGGGUCAAAUGAGCCGAGUGGACUCCUCGCGCAUUGCCGUUUGGAAAGCGAAGGAAGCAGGUCUUGCGCUCAAAGGCAGCGUCAUCGCUUCGGAUGCGAUGUUCCCCUUCGCCGAUGGCUUAGAUGCCGCGAUCGAAGGUGGUGCCACAGCUUGUAUUCAGCCAGGUGGGUCGAUUCGCGAUGAAGAAGUGAUCGCGGCGGCAGAUGCAGCUGGGCUGGCGAUGGUCUUCACGGGACAUCGCCAUUUUAGGCACUGA